UCAGGAGUCGCCGGAAGUGGCCCGCGCCGGACCGGAAGCGGCGGUGGUGGUAGAACGCUGGAAUCUGCACUCAUUGCGGGUUGGCAUAAGUUGAAGCGCUGGUGUGAUGGUGGACAACCGUUUUGCCACGGCGUUGGUAAUUGGCAGUGUCCUGGCCCUGAUCUCGGCAGUGUACAUUGCUGCUGCCAUUGGCACUGAUCACUGGUAUGAGUACCGGAGCCUCUCCGAGCCGAAUGAUACUUACCUGCACUCCAUUGCUCCGGCCAGCGAGGAAUUUAAGACUGAGGACGUUGACGAGUACAUGUACUCACGGGCUCUCUACAGACACAAUGGCACCAUUGGCCUCUGGAGAAGAUGUAUUCGCGUCUCCCAUGAAGGGCACUGGUUCAAACCCCCACCACAAGAUGGGGAACAGGGUGCACUGUGUGUCAGCUUCUCUCUAAAAGACCAGUUCACACCCAAGUACACGCAGAUCGGAAACCACAACAGCGGGAUUGAUUAUGUGAGAACCUACCUGAGCCGCUGUCAGAUCCUGCUUCCAUUCAUCAGCCUGGGGCUGAUGUGUUUCGGGGCGCUGAUCGGACUGUGUGCAUGCUCCUGUCACACCCUCUAUCCAGCCAUUGGCACUGGAGUUCUACAUCUCCUUGCAGGAGCCUGCACACUUGGUACCGUGGCCUGUUUUGCCGCCAACGUUGAGCUCCUCCAUGUCAAGACUCGGGUCCCGGAGCUGUCUCCGAACGGAGACUAUGGCUGGUCUUUCUGCCUGGCCUGCGUUUCAGCCCCUCUGCAGCUCAUGGCUGCUGCCCUCUUUAUCUGGGCAGCCCGAACCGAUCGGACAGAAUACAGCAGAAUGAAGAUGUACCGUGUAGCGUAGCUACGAUCUCUCGUGUAGCUACGAGCUCACUCUGCCGCUGACCUAUAUGGACAUGCACGUAAAUCAUGUUUGGAAAUUUCAUUGCUGUAAAGGAGCUGGUUCCUGAUCCUUCCCUCCACACUAUUCAAUCAUGAAGGCCACGUCCCAAACUAUUCCCAUCGUUCCUGCCUCAUGCCCAAUCACAGUUCCCAGAGCUCUCUCUCUUUCACUUUCCACCCCUCCCACACGCAACAUUGGUGAAGAAUUCCCCAUCUCUAGAGCACCUCUCGCAACCAUAGGAUGUCCCAAAGCACUUUACAGCCAAUGAAGUCCUUAUUUUGAACAGUGUUCGCUGUUAUACCGGAAAUGUGGCAGCUAAUCAGUGCAUAGCAAACUCCCACAAACAGCAAUGUGAUAAUGAGCAGAUUAUCUGCCACUUUAAUGAUGGUGUUUCAGGGUUGAAUAGUGGUCCCCAGGGAGUUCUCCCCACUUCUGUUCUUCAGUAGUGGAUGCAGGGCUUCCCCUGUCCACUUGAGAGGGCUGAUGGUUCUCUCCCCCCCUCCCCUCCCCAUGUUUACGGCGUCAUCCUGCCAGACACUGUAGUGCUGUAUCACUCCUGUCCCUGAAACAGUGCAGCUCUCACCCUCAGUACUGACCUUCUGACAGUGCACCACUCGCUCUCUCUCGGUACUGAGCCUCUCACCGUGCAGCGCUGCCUCAGCAAUGAACCACCAACUGUACAGUUGUCCCUCAGUACUGAUCCUCCGCCUGUGCAGCGUUUUCUCAGUACUGACCCUCUGCCUGUGCAGCGUUCCUUCAGGACUGACCCUCCACCUGUGCAGUGUUCCCUCAGUACUGACCCUCUGC